GCUGCUGGGCGGCCUCCCUGCCUCGCCCCCUAGGGCCGCCGUGGGGGUGACCAUGCCUCCACGCGCCAAGCGAGCCCUAGCAUGGAGCAAUGGCGAGUUGCUGGACCUCAUCAGUGUUUGGGGAGAGGAAGCUGUCCAGUCCCAGCUGCGCUCCAGCCAUAGGAAUUACGAUACCUUCGGGAAGGUAUCAAAGGACAUGAUGGAAAGGGGCCAUGACCGGGACACCCUGCAGUGCAGGAUUAAAGUCAAGGAGCUGUGGAGUGCCUACCGCAAAGCCCACGAUGCAAACGGCCACUCGGGUGCUCCCCGCGCGACCUGCCAAUUCUACAAAGAGCUGGAUGCAAUUCUUGGGGUUAACCCCACCUCUACUCCGAGCACCACCAUGGACACUUCAGAGCCGGUGGGGGGGGGGGGGGGAGGAGGAGGAAAACGGGAGUGGUGGUGGUGGGCCGGAUGGAGACACCCCGGAAUCCCUGGAGCCAUGCAGCCAGGAGCUCUUCUUGAGCCAGGAAGAAGCUGCAUCAACCUUGAGACCUCAGCCGUCCCUCUUAUCGCCUGCUCAGAGACUGCAAAGACUCAGGAAGAGACUGUGAAAAAGCGAAGAAGACAUGCUGCAAGAAGUGAUGCGACAAUCUAUUAAAGAGAAUGAGAAAGCACAGAACUGGAGGGAGAGAGAAAGCAGGAUCCGCCAGGAAAACGCAGCGCACUGGCGGCAAAGCACUGAUAGUCUCAUAAGCAUCCUGGAGCGCCAAGCAGACGCCAUCCAGGAGCUGGUAGCCAUGCAGAAAGAGGAGCAGUACUGCAAACGCCACCCCUCCCUACAGUCCUUGGCCCAAAACUCUUUCCAUUGUGCCCCACUGUCACCUCCAACCCAUUUUCCCCAACUUCCAUGUUCUUCACGCCACCCGCUGCCUCCAACACCAGUAUCUUCACAACCCAGCCCUGAAAACCACGACCCUUACCCUCUGCACCCAACCCCCAUCACCAUGCAGUAUAGCUGUCCUGAAGUGCAGCACUCACUGCACAGCACACCAGACAGGACAUAGGCAAAUCUGUGAUUGUACCAUUCCCCACUCCACCCCAUUGUUUCUUUUCAAUAAAUAAUUUUUUUUUCCUU